CGCUGUUCUGUUCGAUAUGUGUUUGCAGAGCAAAUCUUAUCCUUCAAAAGAAAGUCUGUUCCAAAUUUUAUUUUAUUUCUUGUUCUUGAAUUGUUUGAUGAAUCUGGAAAAAUGGGAAGCAGAAAUAACUUCACUACUGUUAUUCUUCUCUUGAUGUUGUUGCAGUUUCUUGAUUCUUAUUUUUCUUUGCCUCUGUGUACUGAUUCAAGAGCUCCAUUUGCUCUAAAAUCUCCUCUACAGUUCUGUCCCUACAAUGCCACCAGUUGCUGCAGCAGCGACGACGAUUUAAGUUUGCAGAAGCAGUUUGAGUCUAUGAAUGUUUCGGAUCCUGGCUGUGGUUCCAUCCUCAAGUCGAUUCUUUGCGCGAGGUGUGAUCAGUUUUCGGGCGAGCUUUACCGAGUUGUCUCUGUUCACCGGGAGAUUCCUGUGCUGUGCAACUCCACGGUUUCGUCAAACUCGCCUCAAUCCGAGCAACCUCAGACGGACUUUUGUUCGAAAGUAUGGAGCGCUUGCGAGAACGUAUCUAUCGUGAAUUCGCCGUUUGCUGCUACAUUGCAAGGCCGAGUCGGAGAACCGGUGAACUCAUCGAAUUCAACAAAACUAACUGAUCUAUGGAAGUCGCAAACAGAUUUCUGCGAAGCUCUCGGGGGAGGAUCAUCGGAUGAUGAAUCGGUAUGCUUCGACGGCGCUCCGACAACUUUAACCGACGGAACAACGUCUUCUCCUCCGAGCGGGAUGUGCAUCGAGAAAAUCGGGAACGGAACUUAUCUGAACAUGGCAGCUCACCCGGAUGGCUCGAACAGAGCGUUUUUUGCGAACCAGCAGGGCAAGAUAUGGCUGGCGACGAUACCCGAGCAGGGCUCGGGAGGUACAUUGGACAUCGAUGAAACGAACCCAUUUGUAGAUAUUACCGACGAGGUUUAUUUUGACGUCGUGUUCGGACUGAUGGGAAUAGCAUUCCAUCCGAGAUUCGCAGAAAAUGGUCGAUUCUUCGCGUCGUUCAACUGCGACAAGUCCUCGUCGCCGAACUGCGCUGGAAGGUGUGCGUGCAACUCCGACGUGAAUUGUGAUCCUUCGAAGCUGACCCCGGAUAACGGCGCGCAGCCUUGCCAGUAUCAAAGCGUUGUGGCAGAGUUCACGGCAAAUGGAUCGAGCUCGGGAACUUCAUCGGCGACGAACGCUAGCCCGUCAGAAGUGCGACGGAUAUUCACUAUGGGACUUCCCUUUACUUCUCACCAUGGAGGGCAAAUUCUUUUCGGACCUCAAGACGGCUAUUUGUACUUGAUGAUGGGAGACGGAGGAGGCGACGGCGAUCCGUACAAUCUCGCUCAAAACAAGAAAUCGUUGCUCGGAAAGAUCAUGAGGUUCGACGUUGACACAAUGCCAAGCGCAAAUGAUGUUGAUAAGCUCGAUCUUUGGGGAAACUAUUCGAUUCCCAAAGACAACCCUUACGCCGUCGACAAAGAUUUGCAAAAAGAGAUAUGGGCUAUCGGGCUACGAAAUCCAUGGCGAUGCAGCUUCGACUCUGCAAGGCCAUCGUAUUUUAUCUGCGCGGACGUAGGACAGGAUCAAUACGAAGAGGUCGACUUGAUAACUAAGGAUGGGAAUUAUGGGUGGCGCACUUACGAGGGCCCUUACCCGUACGUGCCUACUCAGUCGCCGGGAGGAAAUACGUCGGUAGCGUCGAUCAAUCCGAUAUUUCCGGUGAUGGGAUACAAUCAUUCCGAAGUGAACUCCGGCGAAGGCUCGGCGUCGAUCACCGGCGGCUAUUUUUACCGGUCGAUGAUUGAUCCUUGCUUGCAUGGAAGAUAUUUGUUCGCGGAUCUUUACGGUAGUUCUAUAUGGGCGGGCACCGAAAGCCCCAUCAACAGUGGAAAAUUCACGAGCGCCAAAAUUCCAUUCAAAUGUGCGAGCGACUCUCCCUUGAGGUGCACGAUCGUGCCCGGAAUUGAUCUUCCCUCGCUAAGCUUCAUUUUCUCCUUCGGCGAAGACAACAAGAAGGAUGUUUACCUACUUACAAAUAGUGGGGUUUAUCGAAUCGUUCAUCCUAGUCGUUGCAAUUAUACUUGUGCUAAGGAAAAUGCCUCGACCACGCCUUCCAGGGAUCCUUUUUCUCCUCCAUCGUCUAGAGCAAGCUCAUUGAGAGGUUCGUAUUUGCUUUUGAAUUCGAGUUUUUUCAUUUUGACUUCAUAUUUUGUGUUUGUUUUUUCUUGAAUGUUGUUGUCUACAAUGGUGAUAUGAUAUAUGCUUCUCCUUGGGGUUGACUGUGUUAAUUUAUGUGAAAAGGAGAAAAGGAUAAUAUAGGUCUAUAUUGUUUAAAUUCGAUAAAAUUCAUUUUAUAAAUUAAAGAGUCAUAAAUUU